AUGAAGGUGACUCUGGUGCAUAUGUUGUUCAUGAUGUUGCUGCUGUUGCUAGGCCUGGGCCUGGGCCUGGGCCUGGGCCUUCACAUGGCUGCUGCAGUCCUGCAGGAUAGUGAUCAGCCACUCAGUGAGUUUUGGCCUGGUGACUCCAAGGACACAGCUGAGGCCACUGAAGAGGGAGAAGGCACCUGGACCACAAAAGCACCGGCGCUUGGCUACAAAGAAAUGGCACAAUCUAACUGGCUAGAAGAGACUGUCCUCAAUGAAGAUGACGUUGGAGGAAGUAGGAUGCUGGGGACUAAGGCUCUCUCACAGAGCAAACAAGACUUUAAGAUUGACUUAAAUGCCAGGGACUGUAACACCUUGAUGAUAUCCAAGAUGAAGGAAUAUAAUCACACUUGCAUAAACCAUUACACAUUCAUCCAUGAAACUCCAAGCACAGUCCAAGAAGUCUGUAACAGUCCUGUGAUUGCCUGUGACCUCAAGGGGUCCAAAUGUCACAAAAGCCCCCGCCCUUUUGAACUGACAGUGUGCCUGUUGUCCAAACCAGGCCAAGUCGUUCCCAACUGCCAUUAUCUGACUUACAUAACUGAAAAGUACAUUAUCACAACAUGUGAUGGCUCAACGCAAAUAAAGAUGGUCUGA